AUGAAAUCAAUAUUUAAAUAACUACAUAUUGAAUUUACAAAUAAGUAUUAGAACUUAAUAAUUUUAGUUUUAACUUUAUUAUAAUUGAAUUAUCAAUUAAUGAUAAUAGCAAUACAAUGAUAUCUAAAAGAAGGUAUUUGAGGAUAAAUUUAAAUAGAAUAUAUAUAUAAUACCCAAAACCAUUUGCCCUAGUAACAGGCAGAACGAAUCAAGCAAAACAGUCGGGCUUCCACCCUAGCAACAGGCAGAACAAGUCAACAAAACAGUCGGGCUUUCAUAGCUCCGCGGAGUGGACAACGUUAUCACACACGUCAAAGCAGGUUUUAUCCACAGAGUGGACAAUGUUAUCACAAACUUCAAGGGAGGUUUUAUAAAUUUUACCUAGUUAGCAACCAAUCAAAAAAAGGUAUUUGGGAAUGAAGGCCUUUCGGAAUUCGCCUUUUUGGAUUUUUUGCCUUCUAGUAACUAAUUGAGCUAACCCCAUUGAACCA